AUGAACAACGCGGUAUUCGGCAAAACAAUGGAAAAUGUUCGCAAUCAUGUCGAUGUAAAACUUUUGACAAAAUGGGAUGGACGAUACGGUGCAGAGGCAAUGGUCGCAAUGCCCAAUUUUCAUAGCAGGAGCAUCUUUUCAGAAAAUUUGAUUGCAGUUGAAUUGCGAAAACUCGAAGUGAAGUUCAACAAGCCGAUCUAUCGGCACGGCCCAUGCGUGCUUGCUCAGUACAUCGAUAAUGGUGAGUAUGUAGUGGCCUCCAUUGAAUUGCAAGUAAGGACGCAUUUCCACCACAUCGGCCUGCCAAAGAUCAUCGUAUCCACGCACUAUGACGCGUCUGCGAGGAAAAUUUCGUCUCGCUGGAGCGUGUAA